AUGCAACCUCCACAAGGGAGAAUUUCAUUCCGUGCUUUGUUUUUGUUCUUCUUCACACACACACACACACAGGCUAUUGUCAUUCGAAUCCACGUGAAAGAUGAGUACCAUGCAAGUCUUUUGGACAUUCGACGUGCAAUUGUCGUCACUGCCCUCGUCACUGCACUGUUGUGCCACAUUGGUUUACGUUUACUAUUGAACUAUUUGCACAAAGGUCGUGAUAUACGGCACCGAACUCGACAUAUGGCAGAAGCUGGACUACCCAGUUCUUCGUAUUUCAGUAUCCGAAUGACAUAA